GUUGCGUCGCUGUAGUUGAAUUUUGAGGAACAUUCCUCCUGCGCGCCUCCUUCUCCUCACUCUGCACUGCGCGUCGGGAGACAAAGCGCACGGAGGGAUGUCGCGAUGUUGUGCACAAGGAGAACUAAAACUUUGGUGUCGACGUGCGUCAUCCUGAGCGGGAUGACCAACAUCGUGUGCCUGCUGUACGUCGGCUGGAUCACCAACUACGUUGCCAACGGAGGUGCCAAAGUUGCCAAAAGCGGCGACGCGGAGAGAAAGUUGGAGGAGGAGAGCAAAGGGGAAACCAUGCGGAUUAUGGAGAGGCUGGACCGGCUGGAGAGCGUCGUCAACGAGCACAUCAAAGAAACUCCUCAGAAGAACAGUGAAGACACAGCGUCCUCGUCAGACGCUGCCUCAGACCCAGCGUCUUCGUUCUUCAACCACUGGGGUCAUGACCUUGGCCCUGAGAGUCGAAGGGUCGCCCUCAGGAAGUUCCGUUACUAUGGUUACAAUGGCUACCUUAGCGACCGCAUCUCCCUCACCCGACCUAUCCCAGACCUCCGACCGGACGGGUGCAGAAACAUGUCUUAUUCAUCAGACCUUCCUCAGCUCAGCAUCAUCUUCAUCUUUGUCAACGAGGCCUUGUCGGUGCUGCUGCGCUCUGUGCACACAGCCAUACAGAGGACACCGCCCCACCUGCUCAAAGAAAUCAUACUGGUGGACGACCACAGCAACAGCCCGGAGCUGAAGGAGCACCUCCAGAGCUUUGUGGAGGAGACCAACACUCAGCACGGCCCCGGGUUCAUCAGGGUGGUCCGCCAUGACAAGCAGGAAGGACUGAUCAGGUCGAGGGUCAGCGGGUGGCGAGCUGCCUCGGCUCCAGUCGUCGCUCUGUUUGAUGCCCACGUGGAGUUCAACACUGGGUGGGCGGAGCCAAUUCUGCAGAGAAUUAAAGAGGACAGAACCCGAGUGAUAUCGCCCUCUUUUGACAACAUCAAGUAUGACACCUUUGAGAUUGAGGAGUACCCGCUGUCUGCUCAGGGCUUUGACUGGGAGCUGUGGUGUCGAUACCUCAACCCGCCAAAGUCCUGGUGGACACAGCGGAACCACACUGCCCCCAUCAGGAGCCCGGCUCUGAUUGGCUGUUUUGUGGUGGACAGGAGGUACUUUGAGGAGAUCGGACUGCUCGACGAAGGCAUGGAAAUUUAUGGGGGAGAAAACGUGGAACUGGGCAUCAGGGUGUGGCAGUGUGGGGGCAGUGUGGAAGUUCUACCUUGCUCCAGGAUAGCCCACAUAGAACGCGCCCACAAACCCUACACAAAGAACCUGACGGCUCACGUGCGUCGUAACGCUCUGAGGGUAGCAGAAGUCUGGAUGGACCAGUCCAAGAGUCAUGUCUACAUGGCCUGGAAUGUUCCACUUCAGAACUCAGGAAUAGACAUUGGGGACAUUUCUGAAAGAAAAGCCCUGCGGUCCAGACUCCGUUGUCGACCGUUCAGCUGGUUCCUUGCCAACAUCUACCCUGAGCUCCGAUCCUACAGUGAUACAGUUGCUUACGGAGUGUUGAAGAAUAGUCUAAAAGAUGACCUGUGUUUGGACCAGGGACCAGACACGGACAACAUUCCCAUCAUGUAUCUCUGCCACGGAAUGACACCUCAGAACGUGUAUUACACCAGCUCGCAACAGCUUCAUCUGGGAGUGAUGAGUCCAACAAUCGACGACGAUGACAACAAAUGUCUGGUGGACGUGAACAGCAGACCAAGGCUGCUGGAGUGCAGCUACGCAUCUGCCAAACACAUGAAGCUCACCUGGUCCUUUACUCAGGGCGGCUCCGUCCAGAACACCGACUCUCAGCGCUGCCUGGAGCUGGUAGAGAGCACGCAGUCAGAGUUCACGUUCCAGUUGGUGAUUCAGGAAUGUUCUGGUCAGAAAUGGACCAUCACUAACGUACUAACCGUCCUACCACAGUGAACUCAUGAACACAGCUUACUACAGCGCCACUGUUGUUGUGAUGGAGUCCAGUCCAAGAGAAGAAUGGCACCAAACUGACCUAAAACCACAAUGGACCUUAACCAAAUCUGUGAAAUAAGCACAGACUGUGCACACAGGCCAAGUCCAGUAAGAAGUGCUGACCAAAGCAGAUCGACGCUUCAAUAGGUUAAGCAUCAGUACCAGACGAGUGUUUAAAUCUCUCA